ACCAAUGGCACUUCUAUGUUCUUAAUAUCAUAAGCAGAGAAGGAAUCUCUCAUAUUGCAGAAAGCUAGUAAAUUUAGACCCAAGCCAUGUUUCCAAAGAGCAUGUUCUUCUUUCUCAUCCUCACACUCACUACGGCAUCAGCAGAAGAUGUUGAUUUUACCUACAAUGGAUUCGGUGCUGCCAAACUGCGGCUAGAUGGCAUUACAGAGAUCACACCCAACGGCAUCCUAAUGCUCACUGACACUAGACGGGCAGCCAAGGGCCACGCCUUUCUCCCAACUCCACUCCGUUUUAAGAACUCGACAACUGGUGAAGCUCUCUCCUUCUCAACUUCUUUCAUCUUUGCAAUCAUCCCCAAGUACAUAGACUUGUAUGGGCAUGGAAUUGCCUUCGUUCUUGCGCAUUCGGUAGAUCUGUCUUAUGCCUUUCCUAGUCAAUUCUUGGGACUCUUCAAUUCAAGUAGUUCAGAUUCCACAAAUCAAAUUGUGGCCAUCGAGUUCGACACAAACAUGAACCCUGAAUUUGGUGAUAUUGACAAUAAUCAUGUUGGAAUUGAUGUUCGCAGUCCCAAGUCUAUUAACUCCUCGCAUGCAGCUUAUUUCACUAAUGACAAUGGAGGUGGGUUCAAGAACCUGAGCCUUGUGAGUGGCAAACCAAUACAGGCCUGGAUAGAAUACGGUCACUUGGAUGGACUUCUUAAUGUAACGUUAGCACCUAUUGAUGUAGCCAAACCGGGUGUUCCAUGCUUGUCUUCAAAGGUGAAUCUGUCUUCUUUAAUCUCGGACUAUAUGUAUGUUGGAUUUUCUUCUUCGGUAGGCACAUUUAUAACAUCUCAUUACAUUCUGGGCUGGAGCUUUAAGUUGAAUGGAAGGGCUCAAGCACUAGAUCUCUCACGUCUUCCAUCCCUCCCUCAAAUCGGGCCUAAAUUAAGCUUAGAGUCUUGGAAGAUUGGGUUGCUGAUAAUCGUGGCAAUACUUUUCAUCUUACUAGUCCUAAUUUGCAUGAUCUUUCUUGUGAAGAGUAAGAUUAAAUUUAGAGAGGUGUUUGAAGAUUGGGAGCUAGAAUAUGGACCCCAGAGGUUCUGCUACAAGGACUUAUUCUUGGCCACCAAGGGCUUUAGAGACCAACAUCUCUUGGGAGCUGGGGGUUUUGGUAGGGUUUACAAAGGUGUGUUGCCAGACACUGACAUCCAAGUUGCAGUUAAGCAGGUCUCGCAAGAAUCAAGACAAGGUGUGAGAGAAUUCAUUGCAGAGAUUGUUAGCAUUGGCCGCUUGCGUCACCGGAACUUGGUACAGCUCCUUGGUUAUUGCAGGAGAAAAGGGGAGCUGUUAUUGGUGUAUGAAUUCAUGCCCAAUGGUAGUUUGGACAAGUACCUAUUUAACCAACCUAAGUUAAUGCUUAGUUGGGGACAAAGAUUCCAAAUAAUCAAAGGUGUAGCUUCCGCGCUUUAUUAUUUGCAUGAAGGAUGGGAGAAGGUGGUUGUUCACAGAGACAUCAAGGCUAGCAACAUCUUGCUAGAUGAUCAGAUGAAUGGAAGACUGGGUGAUUUUGGCCUGGCAAGACUAUAUGAUCAUGGAACCGGUCCCCAGAAGGCACAUGUAGUCGGGUCUUUGGGUUACCUUGCCCCAGAGCUCACCAAGACUGGCAAGGCAACUGCAAGCACAGAUGUGUUUGCCUUUGGUGGAUUUUUGCUUGAGGUGGCUUGUGGAAGAAGGCCAAUAGAUAGAAGGGCAUCAGAAGAAGACAUGGUACUAGUAGAUAAAGUUCUGGGGUGCUGGAAGGCAGGGAUGAUUUUGGAGGCAAGGGAUCCUAACUUGGGGAGUGAAUAUAUAGUCGAAGAGAUGGAGAUGGUGCUGAAGCUUGGCCUUCUUUGCUCACACCCUAACUGCAGUUCUAGGCCUCCUAUGGGGCUGGUGAUGCGAAUACUGGAACGUGAUGCUCCCCUUCCUGAGGUGUCUGAAGAUUGAUGGAAUACCGAGAUUUUAGCUAUGGAGAUGGAAGGCUCUGAUGGUUUUGGGAUGUCGGAUGGUUCACAGAUAAACUUGUUUGCUUGCUCAGCAUCAACAAUGGAAUCUGCUCUCUUGACAGCCCAUUGAUAGUGCUGAAUGUUGUAAAAGUAACAUUUAAAGUAUGCCUAGCUUCAUGUUAUGAAUGGUGUAAAUGCUUUUUAUUGUAGUGUGGUUGCUUUUGCAUAUCAAAAUUAAAACUCCGCGGCAACUAAACCUGACGCAGCU